GCGUUAAUAGAACAGAGAAAACUUAUAUUACGAACAUGUAAUAAAUAUCUACUGUUCCCAAUUGUGUUCAUACUUGCUUUCGUUUUAUUUAUAGUAUUCAGUUCGGAUUCAGUGUUAUAGCCUUUUUUUCAAUAUUCUCAAUUAAAUUCAUUUUCUUUUCCAGAGUUAUAGCAGUUAUUUGUUAUAAUGAUUUAUAUGUGUAUUAUUGCAUUUUUGUGUUCUUCUGUUCUUGGAGUUAUAACAGAAGCACGACCCAAACUUGGCUGUGAUGAACAAGGAGACUGCUUGUCAACCCCUGCCGAUUGCAAAGAAAUAUGUGGCUGUGACAAGAUAUAUAUUUACAACAAGACAACAGACGAAUGUGUACUAAACGUGCAAUAUUUUACAUCAGUUACUGAGAAAUAUCACACUGAAGAGAAAAUCCGAAAAGAAUCUGAAAAAGUUUUUGGUGGGAUUUUAAUGUCCGCAAUAUUGUUUGUUUCUUGUGCUUCCUUGUGUGCUGUGACUGCCUGCAUUUAUUGUUGCCGCAUACAUUACAUGGAUGUCAGACUGCAUAAUGACGUUAAGGCUUUGGCACGUAAACUUGACAGAGAUGGCAAGCUGAAAAAGUCUCAGAAGAAGCCCCUACCACCCGUGGCUGAAAGCUGCAACGUUAUUGUAGAAGACGCUGGUGUCUUUGUUUGUUAAAAAUUGAUAAACUGAAGAAAGUAUUUGAUAAACAGUCUAAUACUAUUUCUAAAAGUUACUUGUACUUAAAAGACAGGCUCAAUUUACAUUGCCGCGAAUCGGAAUGGAAGCGAAUUUCUAUACAGCUUAAUGAUCUUUAUGUCAAUUAAGAAUUCCCUAGAUUGCGCGAGACUUCGCCAAAAGACGUACGACCGGUUUUUGGCUCAUAAUAUCUAUUUUGUCCGUUACUCAAUUGACAAAAAGUGCAUUAUGCUAUGGUUACAAAAAUUUGCUGCCAUUGUAUUCCGUGGGAAUAUAAAGUGAGCCUUAGAAGGAAAAUUAUAUUGAUUGUUAUUAUUAUUACAGUCAUGUUCAAUGAUGGCAAAAUGCUGUGACACAUUUUUUCUUUUUUUAAUGUUUGCAAACAAAACAGAUAAACUAGCUAACGUAAAAUAUUUUACGUUCUCCUUUAGACUCUCUGCAACUGAAAUCUUGGAUUUAUUUCA